AUGAAGUCAAAGAUCAUUGAAUUCAAACAUGUAACACUCGGUGAUCAAAGAGAAUCACUGAUAGGGAUUCAUUACGUCCGGAAAGUAGUUAGGAAAUUCUUUGAUGGAGAGAGUGGGGUUUGUCAAGGUUUGUUGCAGACACUGCAGCUGGCUCGUUCAGUUAGACAAAUGAUGAGGAAGAUGUAUGAUAAAAGAGCUGGUGGCAAGGAAUAUUUGCAGUCAGGAAAUGCUUCACUCAGGGGCUCAUUACAGCACGAUUCAAAUAAGCAACAUAUUGUGGUUGGCCUUGAUGACUACUCGGGUAGAAUGCUGGACCAAAUUACUGGAUUUCCAUCUAGACUAGAAAUCGUCACGAUUGUUGGGAUGGGUGGCAUCGGUAAAACAACACUUGCCAAAAACAUCUUUGAUCAUCCUUACACCAUUUAUCACUACUAUUGUCGUGCAUGGGUUGCAGUGUCCCAAGUUUAUCAAGUGAGGGAUUUGUUAUUAGGCAUUUUGAGCUCUGUUGGUCAACUCAAUGCUGAAACCUAUUCAAAAACCAAUGACCAAUUAGCUGAGGUCUUGUAUAGAAGUUUGAAGGGCAGGAGAUAUUUAAUUGUCAUGGAUGAUAUGUGGAGUGCUAAGGCUUGGGAUGAUGUCAAAAGAUCUUUUCCAAAUGAUAAAAAUGGAAGUCGAGUAAUAGUAACUACUCGGUUUAACGGAUGUGGCUAUCUAUGUCAAUCCGAAAACGCCUCCUCAUUUUAUGAGCCUGCUAAGCAUAGAAGAAAGCUCGAAAUUAAUGGAAAAUAUAUUGUUUGGAGUGGAAGUAUCACGAGAACACUUGAUUCCUGUAGGGCUAUAGCAAGCAGCAUUAGUUCAUUCCUACGCACUGACGCCGAACAUUGUCUAGAAAUGCUUGCUUUAAGUUACAACCACCUACCCCCUUACUUGAAAGUCUGCUUCCUGUAUAUGGGGGCUUUCCCUGAAGAUUGUGAAAUUGAAGUGCAAAAAUUGAUCCAUUUAUGGAUAGCCGAGGGCUUCUUGGAUCCAAAAGUUCUUGAACAUCCAGAAGCAGUGGCUGUGGAUUACUUGGAAGACCUCAUUCGCAGAAGCUUAGUUUUGGUUGGAAAAAGGAGUUUUGAUGGCAAAAUCAAAACAUGCCUCCUCCAUGAUCUUUUGUGGGAACUGUGCUUAAGAGAAGCUCAGAAAGAAAACUUCUUAUCUGUGAUAAAAGGUUUUUCUGCAGGUAUAGCUGAUCAGCGCCGUCUCAGUCUCCACAAGGACUCUUAUCUUGAUGUUCACUUGGCACCCGAAAUGGCAUAUGUCAGAUCAUUUCUGUAUUUUGAUGUGGGUUCUGGCUUCGAACCAGACAUCUUAUUCUUCCAGUUGGGCUUUAAAUUGCUAAAAGUAUUGGAUGUGAUUUUUCUGCGAUUUGAAACUUUCCCUGUUCAAAUACUAGAACUGGUUCAUUUGAGUUACCUUGGACUGAUGGUCACUUUUGAGCUUCCCAAAAUGUUAUCUAGACUCAAGAAUCUGCAAACACUAGUGAUUCAUGGUCCCUGGACUAGCACAGAUUAUGCUGAGUCCCCAAAUCUGUUGUUUGAAUAUUGGAGUAUGCCAAAGUUAAGGCAUCUCUAUAUUACUGUUGCUUGCUGUUUAAGAAGUCCUUCUGUCAAAAUGGAUAUUAGUUUAUGGCCAUUCACUUCAAAAUGCAUCCAAGUUGUGUCCGGAAUUAGAUUUGCAAGCUGCACCAGGGAAGUUUUCAUCAGCAUGCCUUCUCUAAGGAUGUUAGGAUUGUCUGAAACCAAGGAAGACUAUGAGAUGGAUUGGUCAGCCAAAUGCCUAAAAGAGCUUUUCUAUUUGCAAGAACUUUGA